CUCUAUGGCGUUUUUCAACCAACAGCGAACCCCUUCUUGAACCGGUUCUGUUCAGAAUUCUUUGAACCUUGGUGCUAGCUAGUGAACAAGCCCACAUUUCCACCAGUUUAGUACUGAACACAGGACGCAUUAUCAACAAUGGGUGUUGCAUGCAAAACAAAAGUUAGAUGAUGCAUAAACGGGAGAAUUACAUGAACAGUUGUCCCGUAAAAACGUCAAAACUUAGCUGUUUAAAAUGCUAGUCAACGUCUUCAGAGCAAUAUAGUUGACUAGUAAGAAAGGAAACCUCAUGGUUCCCCCUCUGAAGUUUAAAGUGAAAUGCCCACUUCGGUUCGCAGGAAAAAACAAGGUUCAAGCUUCAAAGUGCCACGUUCCGAACCCUUUUUUGUUUGGUCGAAAUCAUACACUGUAAAAAAAAGGUCGAAAUGCAAUGACCAGGCAGUUCAAUUGUUGGUUCGCGAACGGGAAAUGGACCGGUUCUCUGUUGUGGAUUCGUUUCCGGUACUUUUCUACGUCACGAUGUUCCUUUUUUAGUCCGCCUCUCACUCGCUCACUCAGUAAUGUUCGUUCAGUACAGCAUUGUUUUUCAUAACAAGUAAAAGUUUCAGAUAGCCAUGGUUAGAAGGUGUUUUUUUCGUUGUGAAGGGCCAUCUCCCUUGUAUGGUUUACCAAAGGUAGAGCCACUACGUACCCAGUGGUUAGAGUUUAUUUUUAACUCUAUUCCUGCGACUUUGCCAAACAUUUAUCUGUGUCCCAACCACUUCACGGACAACUGCUUCAAGAACCUGGGGUUGUUCACUGCUGGAUUUUCGAAGCUGUUAGCUCUGAAUGAAGAGGCUGUUCCAACUUUGUGUGGCCCAAUGGUAGAAGAUAUAUCCUCACAACAUCAGGACCUCAAGCCACCACACCCCUCUUUCCAUCAUGUUGGAUGCCAAACCGACUCUCCUCAGAUCAUUUCGGCAGCAGCACAGACUAAUUCUGUGGAAACACGAUCUAUGGGAACACAAUGUGUGCCGUUAAAGAUGAAAUCUGUUAGCACACAGUUGUCCUGGGGAUCGUUGAAGGUGCCACACAUUCGAAGCAAAGGCAUCCAGACAAAAGUGCCUCUCCUCAGCGUUGGCACUGGAACAGCUUCCCAUUUUCCAGACUUACCAGUGACCUCUACACUAAUAAAGGGGGGUCCUGGGUUGCAAUCUAGAAAGAAGCCUCCACUUGAGUUGGAGGAGGGUGACACCUCAAAUGAAUAUCAUAUGGAGCUGGACUCUACUUACACCCCGGGAGAUUCAGUACUUACAGAAGAAUCGGAUGCAUUGUUCGAGACACAGGUCACCUAUGAUGAGGCAAAGUAUAUUGUGUUUGAAAGCUGCCUCAAACAGCUAUUUGAAAACUGUCCGGUGUGCAAGAGAAACUGUGAUGUCCAACGACGAAGAAUGGGGACUUAUGUGGCCUUCACUCAGUUUUGUCCACACUGCAACUACUUUAGACAGUGGGAGAGUCAGCCCAUAGUUGGAAGCACCCCUGUUGGCAACCUACAACUUUCAGCUGCCACAUACUUUACAGGUUCUUCCUUCAUCCAACUGGAAAAGGUAUUCAAGGCCAUGCAGCUCCAGAUAUUCCAGUAUGACACCUUCAGGAGACAUGCUAGGAAUUACCUGGAGCCUGCUAUUAUUCACAAAUGGAAAAUGGAUCAGCAGAAUCUUUUCCAUCAACAAUUACACCAGGGUGGGAAGGUUGCAUUGGGAGGAGAUAUGAGGGCAGACUUGCCAGGGCACUCAGCAAAGUUUGGCAGCUACACUCUGAUGAACCUGGAGAGCAACACCAUUAUGGACAUCCAGCUUGUUCAAAGCAAUGAAGUAGGUGGCAGUUACCACAUUGAGAAAGAGGGACUCAGAAGAUGCCUAGAUCUUCUGGAGUCAAACGGGUUGGCGGUUGAUUACAUCGUUACGGAUCGUCAUCCACAGAUAAAGAAAUAUCUGAGGGAACGAAACAUUGUACAGUUCUAUAACGUGUGGCACUUUGAAAAAGGUUUGUCCAAGAAACUGGAGAAACUACAGAACAAGGACUGUAAUGUUUUGAAGAGGUGGCUGCCUAGCAUAAAAAAAAAAAACCAUGUUUACUGGUGUGCAACCUCUUCAAGUACAGGACCAGAAAAGGUGGCAAAGUGGACGUCUCUGCUCAACCACCUUCAAAAUGUUCAUGUGCAUGAAGACCCCCUUUUCCCAAAGUGUUUACAUCCUGACAGAGUUUCAAGGGAUCCAAACAAAUGGCUACAACCUGGGUCAGUGGCGCUAUACAAAGCGGAAAAAAUUCUCAACAAUAAGAGAGUUCUCAAAGAUGUGGAAAAGCUCAGCCACCAUCACCCGACCUCAACGCUGGAGUCCUUCCACAGCUUGAUCCUGCGUUUUGCACCCAAGAAUGUGGUUUUCACAUUCAUGGGAAUGUUGUGCAGGCUGUAUCUAGCGGCCAUGCACUACAAUGAAAAUGCCGGCCAGGAGCAAGCUGUGACCUCUGCUGGACAGGCUGUGUACAAGCUUGUUUUACCGAAGUCCAAGACAGGGGAAGGCAUUGCAAAGCCCAUAAAAACAGACUCUAAAUACAAAUAUGUGGAAGAACUGAUGAGGCUGGUGAUUGAGGAGGUUUUUGAGGACCCUACACCAUUUGUAGAGGAGAUGCAAAAAAUCCCCAUCCCUCCUGACCUGUCAUCGGUUUGAGGCUUCAAAGGAGGAGUUGGUUGCCCGUCAUGUGUCCCGCUUCAGUCAAGCGAUGGUUGAAACCCAACAUACUGACCAGGGGCACGUUUCCCAGUUGCUAAGUCAGCAACUUUGUUGGUUGCAAUGCAAUUUCCCAUUGCCAACCAACUAAAUUGCUAACUGGUUAGCAACUAGUUUUGGGAAACGCACCCCAGAUGGAAACUCCUGUUGUAUCCACAGCAUAACACAUGAUGGAAUGACGACCCGACAACUACAUCCCAAAUAACCCCAGCACCAGGAGCGGAUUGCACCAACUAGUUUUUGCUACACCUGUCAUAAGUGCUAAGUUAGUCUUUGUUAAGACUGGUCUUAGGCCCAUAUAUAUCACCUGUUGCACCAACAGAAUUUAAGACCUGUCUUAACUAAGUAAGGCCGCAACGGUGCACGUUCAUGAAAGUGCCCGUGGAAUUCUAGAAUGGAACAUGCCUUGCCAGGAUACUCAUUUAUUACUUUUCAUUCAUUCAGUUUGCAACUUUUUUUGCCUAAUUAGCUAUGGAGGAUCAUACAAAAAUAAAGAGUCAUUUCUCUGAUUCAGAAAUAAGAACAUUUGAGCAGUAUGACUAAAUAUAUUUUAACUUUGAAACAAAGUAACACAAUAACCAACAAACGGAAAAAAAGAGACUUGGAAAAGUAUAACGGAGAGUAUAAAUCAACUCGAAAAUUCUGCAGACUUCAGUACAGUUGAAGAAGUGAAGAAAAAAUCGCAAGAAUUGAUUGGAUAGCUCACUUUCCCAGAGAAUUCUUGAGUCGUGAGUUGAGCCAGGCCAUCGCGCCACCAAAUUGAUUAUUUGGUAGUUUACAUCGCAAAUGAGCUGUACAUUAAUUGAAUUAUAGCCUAGCCUUUUCUGUUGAUGAAGCCUAUAGAUAUUCGUAUUCUGAUAGGCUAGUGCUUAAUACGAAUAUGGGUACCAUCAAUGCAGCCGAUGAUAUCAGGAAUGCCAGAGGCCUGAAGGAAACGCUGCUUGACAGCGCUUGCCUCGGCCUUGUUAGGUAAGUUGACGUAUCAUGGUAGACGGUGACUCAGUGCCAGCGAGACGUAGGCCUACCCUACAAAUUACUCUACAAGCUGUAGAUUUAUGCACGCCAAUCACACCAAAAAAAAUCUCAAAUCUAUUAAAAUGAAACCUUUGAAUUAAUUUAUCGUCGUUGUAGAUAUCUAGCGGAUUCAUUCUGUCUCUCACCCUUAAAGCACAGUCAUUGUACAGUAUAAAUAAGACGUGCCAUCGUUUACUUCAAUUUGUUGUCGUUUAAGCUGCACUCAAUGAUUUUUUGAAAAUUAGGCUACAGAAACACAGAAAACGGUCUCCGCCUUAACAUAAGUCUCCUCUCGACAGGGCGUAAAAUUUAAGACUAGACUUAGAGAGAGCAUCCCAAGUCUGCGUGGUGCAACAGGCGCAACAUCAUUUUAGACAUAGAACGUUGAGUUAAGCCAGUCUAAGCAUAAGACUGGUCCUAAGUCCUGUUGGUGCAACCCGCUCCAGUACCCCAGCACCAGUCCCAAAUCACCCCAGCACCAUAAGUAGUGGUGCACUCAAAAAAUACUCCAUAGAAAUGCAUGGGGCUAGUUUGUCACGCCAAUAUGGCCGUUGUCUACACAUAU